UUAAAGGAGUUAUGAACUUUUAUAGUCUACAGUGAAUCAAACUUAGGUUUAAAGAGAUCACUGGCAACUCACCCUUGGUCCCGCCUCUUAACUACGGGCUGUCAAGUGGCAGUGUAUUCAUAGAGCUAAAGGGCAGCACGUCGUGAAGAUGACUGAACAGAGGAUGAUGUUGGUUUUGUUGGCCGUGGCAUGUUGCCUCUUGGAGGUCAGCGGAGCACAAGUAGCAGUGGCCCAAACAAUAUGCUCGUCCAGUGAUGCAGGUGGUUGCCAGUCAGGUGCAGCACAGAGCGUCAGCACUGGCCCCAAUGGCAUCACUACAGGCGAAUGUGCCUACAUAAAUCCCAGAGGCCAUUCCAUAAAAAUCAAGUUUGAAGAAUAUCCUGAUGGUAAAAUAAAUGCAGAUGCCAACAAUGCGCAAGUUGAACCUUUGGUGGAGCUACGGCAGUGUAGGGAAGCAGUAGCUGCUGCACAAUUGGUAGCUCAACAAAACUAUAAUGCAGUCUCUUCACAGAUUCAAGCUGAACACCAGCAAUUGCAAGAGCAGCUUCAAAGACAACAUCAACAGCUUCAGGAAGACAUUUUUCGACAACAUCAAGCCAUUUUCAACCAGAGAAAUUUCCCAUUCCCUAAUGGCUUCAAUCCACUUCGGUUCCCUAACUUUCCCCAACUAGGCAUUGGUGGAUUUUAAACAGUCCUUCUUGAAACAACUCCAGUAUUACUUCAUUGCAUUUACUGUUUAGUACCCAUCAUUGAUGUAACAAAGUUAAUGGACAUUACUGAUAUAUAAUGGUAACUGCAAUCAACUUUUGACAAAAGGUGAUAUACUUUACUUGUUAUGUCUCACCUGCUGUGCACUAAUUACAGAAUACAGUAUACUCCUACUGUUUAUGCAAGGUGUGUGGUGCUUAAUGUUUAUUACUUUUAAAUUUAGUUGAUUUAUCUUUAAUUCCAUGUGCAUUUUAGUGAAACCAUGAUUUACCGUAACUAGUUUUUUGAGAAAUUGGCAUCAUGAUGGUAAACUGAAGAUCAUGAAACUUAGUGGAUUAUCAUUAGAUAAGUUGUGACCUGACUGAUUUAGUCGGAUUAUCAUUAGAGAAAUUGUGACCUGACUGAUUUAGUAGUGUUUUUCAUAUUCUUGGUUUUGAAAAAUACUCUCAAUUUUCUCUAAAUAUGCACACUGUGCUAUUGAAUAAAUUAUAUCAGUGCUAAAUGUGUUGAGUAGUACUAACUGUUGAUAUCUUCAGUGCUAAAUGAUGCUUUUAUUAGAGAUUUAAAACUUUUACAUAAAGUAUCAACUCAGUAUAUUAAUUAAUACAGUGCAUUUUUAGGUAAAUUUCAUUCAUGGUUUAUAAAUAUAUGCACAGCUUUUGAGUUAAAUGCAUUAUGUGUAAAUUCAACUUUUAAUUGCACAUAGUAAUUAUCGUUUUUAAUAACUAUUCCUUUUAUGGCGGUAAUACUUUAAUUGUUGAUACUUUUGCAGUCAACGUAAAAAAUUUAAUGUAAGAGGGGUUACUCUUUUGUUUUGCUAGCUGCUAAUAACCUCGGUAGAAUUUCUCAUACAGUGUUCGGGACAGCAGAUUUGCAUAAUUAGAGGUCUCUGGUGGGUGUGAUAAAGGGAUAUAUUAAAAAAAUAAGCCAUAUGGAAAAUUUAAAAGAUUAUUAUUUUAAAGCAGCUAUUUGCAUUAAUAAUUUACAGGCAUUUUAACACACAUUUACCAACUAGAGAAAAUUUUUAUUUUAGCCAAUUUUAAUUGAUCUUUAAUGUAAGAUCAAAAUUAUGUAAUGCAUAAAAUUGUACAGUAUUUAUAUUACUUGUGUGAAUAUUGUAUUCCCAGCAAUUUAAAGCAAGAUCAGUCAAAAUUUUAACACUGAAAUGGGUGAUUUUGAUGCAAACUACUUACUUUUAGGUGGUUGGUUAUGGUGUUCCUGAAUGUGUUAGCAAUUUUUUUUCUUGUCGGCUUUGGUUCUAAAGAAGUAAUAAGUAACCGAUUCCAUGCUGUUCAAGCAUUUUCUCCCCCUAGAGUAAGAUGUGCCUUUUAUUACCUUUUUGUGAGGUCUUAUCCUGAAAUCCAACCAAUGUUACUACAUUACCUAUAAUCUGGUCCUGUGAAGAAGGUGCAUUUAUGCUGUGAUUAAAUAUUACUUGGAA